GGAGCAGAGGGGGAGGAACGCUAGUAGCACCGGGUUCCGCUGUGAGCCAUGUUGGAUGUGAGUGAGAAAGGAAGAUGCUGCGCCCGUGCAUCCGCUGCUAGCGCGAGCUCUGCCCAACGCCGAGAGUAAAUGCGAGCUGCUCGGGACCGCCGAGAGAGCGGGGAGCACGGCGGAAGGAGUCGGGCGGUGGCGGAGGAGCUGGCGACCUAGCCGGCGUCGGGAGAGAGAGAGAGAGAGAGGGAGGGAGAGAGGGAGAGAGAGAGGGAGAGUCGGAGAGAGAGGGGGAGAGAAAGGCGCUCUACACUAAUGGCUGCACUGCUGCUGGGCUUGAGCUCACCGUCGCCGCCGCUGCUGCUGCUCCACCUUCUCCUCUGCUCUUUGUUCGCCGCUGUCCCGGGCAGGGCGGCGGGGCCGUGCCGCCGCGCCGCGCGCUCCCACCCAGCCCCCGGAGACACGCGCAGCGCAAGCCAGACCCACGCAACGGCUACGGGACCGGGGGCUUUGGCUGGGGGCGAGUUGGACGUCCGCCCUGAACGGACAUUAGCGUGGCUUAUUGGAUCUGGAUUAGAAACUGCGACCUCCGGACCAGGCACGCGCUCCAGAGCAGCGGGAAGCGCCGCCGUGGGCCCGCCUCCGGUGGAUUACGAGCGUUUACACACAUCAGAACCGGCGCCGCGGACCAAAAGCAGCUCCCGGCAACGGCUCGCGGGGGGAAGCGCUGGCGGCGUGCAGAAGGGCGUUGUUUUCUCCUCUUUCCUCGCUGGUCCCCCGCUUCGGAACAGAGAAACGAGGGCCGUACAAAGGACUAGAGCGCGCUCGCCGCCGCCACACACUCACCUUUACACCGGGCGGGUCCGUGCGCGAGGCGUGUACCGGGGACAGGGUUGUGCCGGUUUUGACCCCCGUUUGGUUAAAGGGAGCGCCCGCGCUUGGAGAACAGGGCCCCAGCACGGCUCGUGCCACGCGAGACGGGAGUUCACAGCUGGCAGCGUGCAGGAAAGGUCGCUCUCAAAAGACAAUUCUCAUUAUUAUUCAAAUGUGGCUGCCAGCGUUUCGGACGCCAAGAAAGUGGACAAAAGAAGCGCGGCCGGUCGCUCCUCAGGCCUCCUCAAUGUUAUCGAUCCCAGCAGAGAGGGCUGCAAUGGCUCCUUUAAUACGGCCACUGGGAAUACUAGGAGGUGUGGGGAGCGCGAGCACCUUUCUGUGAGCUCAGACAGCUGUGCGGUGUCACACCGGAUUACGGGGGUCGCUGCCGUGCACGAGGUUUGUUCUGAAACAUGCACCAGCCCCUCGUUAAGGCGGUCCGUAGGCGUCGCGCUCACAGUUUGCAUUAGAACGUCCAGAGAGCGCAAAAGCUCCGCGUGCUGUCCCAGCAGUUUAUUGCCAUCGUCAUGCAUAAACAUAACCAGUCUGAGCGCACGUUUCAGCGAGGAGAGCGAAGCGUUUAGCCAAAAGCAUGCUCGAGAAUUCUCACGUGGUUUGACACCAGCCGGCUCCGCAAUGCCCAGAGGGCAUGAAUCUCGCGGCGCAGUUGAAGGAGAAACUAAUUAUCGUCUAACAUCCAAACUCGUCACGUGCCCGUCUGACCCUGAACGCGGUGAAAUCCAUCUCUCUGACUCACCGCUUACCGGCGCCGUUACUCACACCAGUCCGCGCAACCAAUUCUCGGUAGAACUGAACUUCACCAAACGGUCCGGUGACUCACGCGCUCAUGCAGGGAGCGUUGUGCCCUGGGCUAACAACGAGGACGGCGCACGGGGAGAGUCAGCACCACGCGCUCAUUGGACAGCUCCCGACCCCAGUUUCUCCGUUAUAAAUGUGUUUUUGUGGAACGCUAACAACAACAACAACAACAACAACAACAAUGAGAACUGCAGCCAAGUCAACAGCAGCAAAGAUGACAAGGAUAUAAAUGAAACGCAAAGUGUUCCAACUGAAGACGAUGGCGACUUCCUCGGACCACGUGAUCAUGCACAACGGGGUUCCGUCCCGGCAGAGACUCCACACCCAGCGUGCGCUGACAGCAUCAACAGCAACAGCUUAGCCGCCAACGGGGGAGCCACGCGGCCGCAAUUAAAAUCCGGUAAAGGGGUGUCCUUACAAGCGGAGGCUGUCAGUCAGCGCGAGGAGCAGCUGGGGGCCGCUGGGCCAGAGUGGCGGGAGGGAGAGGUGGCAGGAGAGGGGUGGGAGGAAGAAAGGAGCAGGGGGAAGGGUAACAGGCAGGCUGGAGAGGGAGAGACCGAGUGGGUGAUUGCAGAAAACACAAAGGGAGAUGCGUCGGAGGCAGACACAAAUUUACUGAGAGAGAGGGGAAGAGGUCAAGGUGGAGGCACCUCACAGACACAGAGAGAGGCUGAUAGUGAGGAAGCUGGAGGAGAUGAGAACAAAGACUGGCAGGAAAUCAAGGAAACACAGGCAGGGCAAGAUGACUCAAAACACAGCGGAGGCUGGGUAGACAGUACGCAAAUGAAUGUUGACACUCCAGUCAUGAAACAAACAGAGAAAGAAAGUAAUGAAGGUGAGGAGAUAGAGGAUGACGAAUACUUUGAAGAGCAGACAGGUGUCUCUCCUGUUGGACGUUCUCGUAGAGCUGCUAAUAGACAUCCACAUUUCCCUCAGUAUAACUACCAGGUUCAGGUGGCAGAAAAUCAGCCUCCUGGUACAUCAGUUAUAUCAAUGUUAGCAGAGGACCCAGAUGCCGGAGAGGCAGGCAGACUCAGCUACAGCAUGGCCCCCUUAAUGAACAGCAGAUCCAUGGAUUACUUCCAUAUCGACCCAAUAACCGGCCUAAUCACAACCACACAUAUACUGGACAGAGAACACAUGGACUUGCAUUACUUCAGAGUGACAACUACAGAUCAUGGCUCACCACGUCUAUCUGCAACAACAAUGGUGGCUAUCACAGUUUCUGACCGGAACGAUCACUCCCCUAUUUUUGAACAAACUGAGUAUCGCGAGACGAUUCGAGAAAAUGUAGAAGAAGGAUAUCCAAUCUUGCAGCUGCGUGCAACUGAUCUUGAUUCCCCAUCAAAUGCUAACAUCCGUUACCGGUUUGUUGGAGAAAGUGCAGCUUCUGCGCGCUCUGCCUUUGAAAUUGAUCCUCGAUCGGGCUUGAUCACCACUCGAGGUAUUGUUGACCGAGAGGUAAAUGAACGCUACACCCUACAGGUGGAGGCGAGCGAUCAAGGACGGGAGCCAGGCCCACGGUCAGCCACUGUUAGCGUUCACAUAACCGUUUUAGAUGAGAAUGAUAAUGUUCCACAGUUUAGCCAGAAACGUUAUGUGGUGGCAGUUCGAGAGGAUGUGCGACCACAUUCAGAAAUCCUGCGCGUCAGUGCUUCAGAUGAGGAUAAAGAUGGAAAUGCUGCCGUGCACUACAACAUCAUCAGUGGAAACAGCCGAGGGCAGUUUGCUAUUGAUAGCGUUACUGGAGAAAUUCAGGUUGUGGCACCACUGGACUAUGAGACCGAACGGGAGUACACCUUACGACUGCGAGCUCAAGAUAAUGGCCGUCCACCUCUUUCUAACAACACAGGAAUAGUGAGUGUCCAAGUCACUGAUGUCAAUGACAAUCCGCCAAUCUUUGUAUCUACACCAUUCCAGGCAACAGUACUUGAAAGUGCCCCUAUUGGCCACUCUAUACUGCACAUACAGGCCAUUGACACUGACAGUGGUGAUAAUGCACGUCUGGAGUACAGGUUAACAGGAACUGGUACAGACACACCUUUUGUCAUUAACGCUGCUACUGGUUGGGUCACAGUGAGUUCAGAGCUUGACCGAGAAUCAGUGGAGCACUAUUUCUUUGGUGUUGAGGCCAGGGAUUAUGGUGCCCCACCUCUCUCUGCCACUGCAAGUGUUACUAUAACUGUGAUGGAUGUCAACGAUAACCGUCCAGAGUUCCUGCAGAAGGAAUACUUUGUUCGACUGAAUGAGGAUGCAGCAGUUGGAACGAGUGUUGUUAGCGUAACUGCAGUCGAUCGUGAUGUGAACAGUGCUGUCACCUACCAGAUCACUGGCGGUAACACACGCAACCGUUUCGCAAUCAGCACAGCUGGUGGGUCUGGGCUUCUCUCACUGGCGCUGCCACUUGACUACAAACAAGAGCGACGCUAUGUGCUAACAGUCACUGCCUCUGAUAGAACCCUUCAUGAUACCUGUCAGGUGCAUGUGAAUAUCACAGAUGCUAACACACACCGGCCUGUAUUCCAAAGCGCUCAUUACUCUAUAAGUGUAAAUGAAGACAGGCCACCGGGCAGCACAGUGGUGGUGAUCAGUGCCUCCGACGAGGAUGUAGGAGAGAAUGCGCGCAUCACGUAUUUCCUGGAGGACAAUAUUCCGCAGUUCCGCAUUGAUCCCUCAACAGGUGCUAUCACACUCCAGGCUGAGCUGGACUAUGAGGACCAGAUGACGUACACUCUUGCCAUCACAGCUCGCGAUAAUGGAAUUCCACAGAAAUCUGACACAACCUAUGUGGAGGUCAACGUAAAUGAUGUUAAUGACAACGCCCCGCAGUUCCUCAGUCCACGUUAUCAAGGUGGAGUCAGUGAAGAUGCCCCACCCUUCACCAGUGUUCUUCAAAUUUCUGCCACUGAUCGUGAUGCUCAUGCUAAUGGACGUGUGCAGUACACCUUCCAGAAUGGUGAGGAUGGAGAUGGUGAUUUCACAAUUGAGCCUACUUCUGGAAUAGUCCGCACAGUGCGUCGCCUAGACCGAGAAAGUGUUCCAUUCUAUGAGCUAACAGCGUUCGCUGUGGAUCGUGGUGUUCCACCUCAGCGCACGCCUGUGCACAUCCAGGUCAGUGUGAUGGACGUUAAUGACAAUGCUCCUGUCUUCCCUGCCGACGACUUUGAGGUUCAAGUGAAAGAGAACAGUGCUGUUGGCUCUGUUGUUGCGCAGAUCACUGCGACAGAUCCAGAUGAAGGCCCUAAUGCCCAGAUCAUGUAUCAGAUUGUGGAAGGUAAUAUUCCAGAAAUCUUCCAAAUGGACAUCUUUUCUGGAGAGCUUACAUCUCUAAUCGACCUGGACUAUGAAACACGCAAUGAGUAUGUCAUUGUGGUACAAGCCACGUCAGCGCCUCUUGUAAGCCGAGCCACAGUGCGAAUCCGACUCGUUGAUCAAAAUGACAACAGGCCUGAGAUGCAGGACUUCCAGAUAAUUUUCAAUAACUUUGUGUCAAACCGUUCAAAUACAUUCCCAAGUGGAGUCAUAGGGCGUGUUCCAGCCCAUGACCCAGAUGUAACAGACCGCCUCUACUACACCAUUGACAGAGGCAAUGAGCUCCACCUGCUGCUGCUGAAUCACACCAGCGGGGAGAUCCGACUCAGUCGCAAACUGGACAACAACCGCCCGCUGGUGGCCCCUAUGCUCAUCACCGUCACCGAUGGAGUUCACAGCAUCAGUGCACAGUGUGUGCUGCGAGUGUUGAUCAUCACUGAGGACAUGCUGAGCAGCAGUGUGACCGUCCGGCUACAGAACAUGUCCCAGGAGCACUUCCUGUCCCCGCUGCUCUCUCACUUCCUGGAGGGCGUGUCCUCGGUGCUAUCGGUCGCCCCUGACGACGUGUUUGUUUUUAACAUUCAGCCGGAUGCGGAGGCAGAGCGUGUGUUGAAUGUCAGUUUUUCGGCUGCGCUGCCGGGAGGACACUUCUUUCCCUCAGAGGCUCUGGAGGAGCAGCUCUACCUGAACAGGCCCAGACUCAACAUGCUCGCUCAGAUGCAGGUGCUGCCGUUUGACGACAAUGUGUGUUUGCGCGAGCCUUGUCAGAACUACAUGAAGUGCAUCAGUGUCCUGCGCUUCAACAGCUCCGCCCCCUUUAUCUCCUCUCCCUCCAUGCUCUUCCGGCCGAUCCACCCAAUUGCGGGCCUGCGCUGCCGCUGCCCGCCUGGCUUCACUGGGGAUUACUGUGAGAUCGAGAUUAAUCUGUGCUACUCUAAUCCCUGCCUGAACGGAGGAGUGUGUGCGCGCAGGGAGGGGGGAUACACCUGCAUCUGCAGAGAAGAUUACACAGGUGAGCGGUGUGAGUUUGACCGCCGGUCUGGACACUGUGUGGCAGGCGUGUGUCGCAAUGGAGGGACGUGUCGGGAGCUGUCUGGCGGUGGGUUCCGCUGUGAAUGCCCUGCGGGGGGCUAUGAGAGACCCUACUGCACUGUCACCACACGCUCAUUCCCCCCGAAAUCCUUCAUCAUGUUCAGGGGGCUGCGCCAGAGAUUCCACCUGUCCAUCUCUCUCUCGUUUGCCACUCUAGAGAACAGCGGGCUGCUGUUUUAUAAUGGACGGUUCAAUGAGAAACAUGACUUCCUAGCUUUGGAGAUACUGGAUGGACAAGUGGUGCUGAAGUACUCCACAGGUGAGUCCUCUACACAGGUGAGUCCAUACUUGCCCGGAGGAGUGAGUGAUGGGAACUGGCACACUGUCCACAUCCACUACUAUAACAAGCCUAAGCGGAGUGUAAGUGGGGAGGUUCAGGGUCCGUCUGAUGAGAAGGUGGCGGUGGUGAGUGUGGAUGACUGUGACACUGCCAUCGCGCUCAGGUUUGGAGUUCAGCUGGGAAACUACAGCUGUGCAGCUCAGGGCAAACAGAGCAGCAGCAAGAAAUCUUUGGAUCUAACUGGGCCAUUGUUUCUGGGUGGAGUGCCAAACGUUCCAGACAAUUUUCCAUUUGGAACGAGGGAGUUUAUUGGCUGUAUGAAGGACCUGCACAUUGACAACAGACCGGUGGACAUGGCAGGAUAUGUAGCUAACAACGGCACUCUAUCAGGCUGCAGUGCCAAGCUGCCCUUCUGUAAGUCCAACCCCUGCCAGAAUGGGGGCACCUGCAGAGUCAGCUGGGAAACCUUCUCCUGUGACUGCCCUCUGGGCUUCGGAGGCAAAGACUGUAGCCACGUGAUGCCACACCCCCACCGUUUCCUCGGCAACAGUGCUCUGUGGUGGGAUCUGAAGAAUGAUGUCACCAUUAGCACGCCCUGGUAUCUGGGGCUGGUGUUCCGCACCCGUGCAAAAGAGGGCGUUCUGCUGCAGGCACAGGCUGAACAAUACACACACUUGAUCUUUCAGUUGACAGCGGGUCAGCUGGUCUUUUCUGUGGCCCGGCGGUCAGCACAGCCUGUGCGGCUGCGGCUGGACCAGGUGCAGGUGUGCGAUGGCCGCUGGCACGACCUGCAGCUGGAGCUCAGAGACAUCAGGAGUGGACGAGAGACGCGCUAUGUAGCUACUGUCCGACUAGACUUUGGGCUAUACCAGGGGACAGUAAUAGUAGGCAAUGAAAUCCACGGGCUGAAGGUGAAGCACCUUCAUGUGGGUGGCGUCUUGGGAGCCGGAGAGGUUCAGAGUGGAAUACGUGGCUGUAUACAGGGGGUGCGCCUGGGGGUGCGUCCAGAUUCCCCUGCCUUGCCCCGCCCCUCCAGAACCAUCAAAGUGGAGACUGGCUGUAACGUUGGCAACCCCUGUAACUCCUCCCCCUGCCCUGCCCACAGCCACUGCACUGACGAAUGGGAGCGGCACACCUGCAUUUGUGAGCCAGGUUUUUAUGGUAAAAGCUGCACGGAUGCCUGUCAGUUGAACCCAUGUGAAAAUGAGGCUCAGUGCCACAGAAAACCCAGCUCCUCACAUGGCUACAUCUGUGACUGUGGAGAUAACCACUAUGGACAGUACUGCCAACACAGGAGUGAACAGCAGUGUCCUCGUGGUUGGUGGGGCAAUCCUACAUGUGGACCAUGUCACUGUGAUAUCAAUAAAGGCUUUGACCCGGACUGCAACAAGACCACUGGGCAAUGCCACUGCAAGGAGUUCCAUUACCAUCGGCGGGGCAGUGACGUGUGCCUGCCGUGUGACUGCUACCCAGUGGGCUCCUUCUCGCGGUCAUGUGACCCAGAAAGCGGUCAGUGCCAGUGCAGGCCGGGUGUGAUUGGCCGACAGUGCAACAUGUGUGACAACCCAUUCGCUGAGGUCACACAGACAGGCUGUGAAGUAAUUUAUGAUGGCUGUCCCAAGACCAUCACGUUGGGGAUCUGGUGGCCCAGGACAAAGUUCAACCUGCCUGCUGUUGUACCCUGUCCUAAAGGAUCAGUAGGAGCUGCUAUUCGUCACUGUGAUGUAGACCGAGGCUGGCUGGAGCCUGAUUUGUAUAAUUGCACCUCUCCAGCUUUCGUUGAGCUGAACACAGCGCUGGAGGCUGUAGAAAGGAAUGAGACAGAGCUCAACACGAUUAUUGAGAAGAAGCUGGCUCAUCAGCUGCGCGACGUCACUGAAGCUACACCCCGGCUCUAUGGCAAUGACCUCCAGAUCGCUGAAAAACUGCUGUCCCGCCUCUUGACCUUUGAGAGCCUCCAGUCAGGUUUUGGAUUGACGGCCACACAAGACGCACAUUUCACUGAAAACGUGAUGCGGGCCUGCAGUGUGUUGUUGGGUCCAGCCAGUGCAGGGCUGUGGAGGGCUCAGAAUGCAGGCCAGAGUGGAGCAGCAGGCCUGGCAGACCUUUUAGAGCAAUAUUCCCGCACCCUCGCUCAGAACAUGAAACAAACCUACCUCAACCCUGUAGCGCUGGUGGCACCUAAUAUCGUGAUGACGUUGGACCGUGUGGAGAACCACACUCACGUGCGGAGAAGGUUUCCUCGCUAUCACAGCACGCUGUUCCGAGGGCAGUUGCUUUGGGACAGUCACACACAUGUGGUGCUGCCACCUAGUGUCCUAGUGCCACAGCGCAACUACCCUCCACCUCCUCCUGCCCCGGUGAGUCUCCUGACCAAUCAGACUCCAGAGGUGCCAGCAGCACGACGGGCUGUGUGGCUGCCUGAUCCACCCAUCACCAUCGUCAUCCUGCUCAUUUACCGCAGUCUGGGAGCCGCUCUACCUCCAAAAUACCACACCGAUCGGCGUGGAGUUAGGCUGCCGCGUCACCCCGUGCUGAACUCUCCUGUGGUGAGUGUGUCUGUAUAUAAUAAUCAGUCGUUCGUGGAGGGCUUCCUGGACUCUCCCAUCCUCCUGGAGUUCCGCCUGUUGGAGACCAGCAACCGCAGCAAGCCUCUGUGUGUGCAGUGGAACCACACCAGCACUGCAUCUGUAGGAGGGUGCUGGACAGUGAGAGACUGCAGUGUCGUUUACAGGAACACAUCACAUGUGCGCUGUCAGUGCCAUAAACUUGGCACUUUUGGGGUUCUGAUGGACAGCUCACAAAGAGAGCAAUUAGAGGGUGACCUGGAGACCCUCGCCAUAGUAACCUACACUUCACUGUCGGUUUCCAUGGUGGCAUUGUUGCUAACGGUUACGGUGCUCUCCUGUCUGAGAGGACUGAAGUCAAACACGCGCAGCAUUCAUUCCAACAUGGCUGCUGCCACACUCCUAUCUCAGUUCACCUACCUGCUGGGCAUCAACCAGACUGAACAACAGUUUCUGUGCACAGUGGUGGCGAUCCUGCUGCAUUAUUUCUUCAUGUCAGCGUUUGCCUGGCUGUUUGUGGAGGCGCUGCACAUCUACCGCAUGCAGACUGAAGCUCGAAACAUCAACUACGGAGCCAUGAGGUUCUACUAUGCCAUUGGAUGGGGAGUGCCUGCCAUUAUUACAGGGCUGGCUGUGGGUCUGGACCCAGAGGGUUAUGGAAACCCUGAUUUCUGCUGGAUCUCUCUUUAUGAUAAACUCAUCUGGAGCUUCGCUGGACCUAUUGUUAUCGUCAUACUGAUGAAUGGGGGGAUGUUCAUGAUGGUACUGCGUAUGACCUGUAAUCUGUCUCAAAAGGAGACAAAGAAGCUGCCUGUAAUUGCUACUAUCCGCAGUGCCUUUCUUCUGCUGCUCUUGAGUGCAUGUGUCUGGUUCUUUGGGCUAAUGGCCGUCAAUAACAGCAUCUUGGCCUUCCACUACCUCUUUAUCGUCCUCUGCUGUAUACAGGGUUUGGCGGUGUUCUUGGUGUUCACUCUGUUGAACUCAGAAGUGCAGGAAGCCUGGAAGGUGGCCUGCACUGGGAAGAAGAGUCCCAGUGAAGAACCUGCCAGACCACCCCAGAUUACUGGCCAGAAUCCAUACAACAGUGCCUCCCUGCUAGAGCAGAGUGGAUUACACCGCAUCACACUGGGAACAUCCACCAUAUCAUCAGUCAGCAGUGCUCGUAGGGAAAAUCUUCUAGCACGUCAGACUGCUGAGCAUACUUUGGGUCACACUGGCGCCACUGAUCUAGAUGUGGCCAUGUUCCACCGCAACGGAGGUACACUCACACACAAUAACCUCCAUGCAUGUGAAGAUUCAGACUCUGACUCUGAUCUUUCUUUGGAAGAGGAGAGAAGUCUGUCUAUCCCCUCCUCUGAGAGUGAGGACAAUGUGCGUCUCCGGGGGCGCAUCCAGCGACGCUUCAAACGGACCAAUCACAGUGAGCGACUACUCACGGAGCCCACCCACAACGGCACCAAAGAUCUGGAUGGGAAUGAUCUCCUCUCCUAUUGGCCAGCCUUGGAGGAGUGUGAGGUGCACUCUCUGCAAAAAUGGGGUUCAGAGCGCCGCCUAGGGGCCGAUUACAGCAAGGAUGCAGCAAACAACAACCAGGCAGAUGCUGCGCUGACCAGUGGGGAUGAGAAUGGACUGACACACACACACAGACAUCGCAAAGGGAUCCUCAAGAAUCGUCUCGGCUGCCCGCCAGCUCUGCAGGGUUUGUCAUCGGUGGGCCGAGUUCCAAGCGAACUGUCUUGGUACCGCACCUCCACUCUGGGCCACCGGGGUGUUCCAGCAGCCUCUUAUGGCCGUAUGUACUCAGGCACAGGCUCGCUGUCCCAGCCGACCUCGCGCUACUCCUCUCGGGAGCACCUGGACUCAUUGGCGCGAAGGCAGCGUUCCCGUGACAACCUCGACCUACUGCCACGGCGCCGUGAACUUGGCGCCGAGCACCUGGGCGGGUCCAGAGAGCGGCUAGGCCCCGCCCACAGCAUACAUGCCUCUAGGGAAGAUCUAGCCACAGGAAUGGGUGUGUCCGGGCUAGCAGGAGCCGAGAGUUCAUUAGGUGGGUCCAGGGUGCAGCUCAGCACCCUGACGAGGCGGCAGGCAUCGCGGGAACACCUUGGUGGAGCGCUGAUGAGCAGCAGGUCGCGGGAGCAGCUGGAGACUAAUGGAGGUACCGCGUCGGCGCAGCCCUGCCGCGAGUGGCUCAGAACUCUGCCCCCACGACAGCUUUCACACCCCGAGCCACACCCCACGUCUUCUCCCCCUCCACCAAUAACAGAAGAACCCCAAGAAGCCAUGCCCCCAAGGCGCGGACGUCUAGACUCCGCUCCUCCAUGUAGGUACCCCACAACAACCCCUGCAACAGCCCCUGCAACAGCCCCUGGAGCGCCACCCAGUCGACCUCCUUCCAGUGAACACCUGGACAUUCUCUCCUCCAUCCUAGCUUCCUUCAGCUCCUCUGUACUAACCCCGCCCCCUAAUCCUGCCUCUGCAGCUGCUGGCCCCUCCCCUUCCCCACCUCCUCACUCUGCAACCUCUCAGAGCGUCUCUGAAGUGUCGCCAGACUCUGAAGCCCACAGAAGUGAUGGACAGUCCUGAUGACAUCCCCUCAGUCCCAUGAAGCAGUUCAGCUCAUGGGCGCAGAGGAACAAUAGGAGACAAAGCAGAGCGAUGAAGCCUUCAGAUAUAUCUUGGGAUACUGGAGGACCUGAGAGUUUGACUAAUUGAGGAGACGGUGAGGUGGAAUCUCUGAUCAUGUUUCCAGUCCAAUUUUACGACAGCCUACCUAGACCAAGGAGAGCAUAAAGGGAAAAAAGGUGAUUUCCACCAUUAGUAUUGAAUUCAAACUCUACAGCGGAGACACUGAAGAACUGACAUUGGGAGAGCUGGUCAGAGAAAGAAAGAAAACAUAGCCUGUACAUAACCUUUUUAUACAUUUUGUAUUUUUUUCAUUAGAGAUGAACACAAAAAAAAAUCUCAAGUGAUGUUUUUAAAGAUUGUGUCCGGCAUAUGGGGUUGUUGAGUGAGUGGAUAUGUGUUUCAGUUGAGAAGAACCGUAAAGCAUUCCCAAACCUUUUCCAAACCUUUCCCAAACCUUUUCCAAACUGAUCCUCAUUCUACAUGUUUCUUUUUUACUUAAAUCCCUCCCACUGACAGACUGUUGAACCAGGAGACGGUAUUGGGAUCAGAGGCUUGAAUUGGUUAAUUGAGGGUGUCAACAUCCCUGAUGUGUGGCUGGUGGGAAACGCCAGCAGUGGUGAUUGUAUACGUAAAGUAUUUAAACUAAGCGAUGUGAUUUGACCGACAUGAUUGUCAAUCAAGGGAUUGUUUUAAGGCAGCUGGUUUGAUUGGGAGAUGAAGAUAGAGGCUUUCCUUUUAACUCACUGCCCAUACAUACUCCAAAGUGUGGUUGUUGUAAAACACUGCCCAUCCUUUAGGAACCUAGGAGGCUUGUGGUUUGCGUCCUUGUCUUUCAGUUCAGCCAUUUCAGGGGAUUGAAAAUGAAUGUUCAGUAAUUAAAUUCAGACAGGUAUAUUGGAAUAGCCUAAGAUAAAUGAAAUAGCAUAAAACAAUUACUGUAAAUUAGCCAAAAACUUUCUUUUACUUCUACAUCAGUGGAGAACCGUGCCUAUUAGAACUAAGCCUUAAGUUUGGAGAAACAAACACCUCUAGAAAACACCUCCACAAAAAUGCAGAUUUUUGCUAAAACCUUUAAUAGUAUUUUAGUAGUAUGUUAGUACCAAGCUAAAAUCAAUGAACGUAAACUUUUCUGACCACUGUAGAUUAAACACACACAUUUCAAGCUUGUAACAGACAUAUUAAUAUAUAUUUCACUUUUUAUCAGUUUUACAAUGACUCAGUAAAGAACAGCUGUUACUGUUUUCCAUUUCUCAGAGCCGAAACACUUAGGCCUCUGGCUGUGUUUGAGAUAUCCUACUAAAUACUGCUCGCGUACUGAUUGUAUGUGACCAACAUGAAUUUCCCCAGUACGUCAAAGAUUACAUACUGAUCUUGGCCAAACAAUCCGCUCAGUGUCGGUGGAGUCACACUGCACAUUAUUCAGUCAAACUAGCUCAUAUUAGAAAUUACGAGUGUAAUGAAAAUGAAAUGACUCGCCAAUGGAAGAAAACAGGUGGGUCUGGAAACCAUGCAUGUUUACCACACAGCUGAACCCAAAGCUGACAUUUUUAAAGUUUAUUUGUGGCUUUGCAGAUGAGUCACCAUCCCACCCUCUGUCAUGGGGUGUCACAUCUCUUGUCUAAAAUAUAACCGUACACACUGAAAAGCAGCUAGCAAUGGUUGCUAAACAGUAAUUGGAGGGCUGGUCAGGUCUUGAGAUGGUUCAGUCCGGGAUGUUGGCAGGCUAGUUGGGCCCCUGUCCGGUACUAUAUGGCUUUAGUUGUGUACUGGAUACUAUUAGGUAUCCUACUGCCGAAGAGCAACAUGCAGUAUACAGUAUAUACUGAGGCAGUAUACAGUACACAGUGUGCUAUUUUGAACACUGUUGCUAUUUACAGUGACAUAUCUAGGACUUCCUGAAAGCCUAGAGCAGGGUGUUCAAUCUUGUCCACAAAGGGCCAGUGUGGUUGCAGGUUUUCAGUCCAAUAGCACUGGAGCUAACACACUAAUUAUGUGUUAAAAACUGAGACUAAAGAAUUAAACCUGGUGUGCUCCAGCUUAUUUGGAGUGAAAACCUGUAACCACUCCAGACCUUUGUGGAUAAGACUGACCUAGAGCGAUUUUUUUUCCUCAGAAAAUUGGUCCUAUUGCAAUCAAAGCCUGAUUGAUUCCACUUUCACUUAGUAAUUAUGUUAAUGCAGUGGUCACCAACCCUCCUCCUGGAGAUCUACUUUCUAGCAGAAUUUAGUUACAACCUGUGUCAAAAGUGCUGCCUCAACCUUACCUAACACUGUAUCUGAUCUAGCCAAUCAAGGACUUCUGCAGUCCUUGUUAAUUGUCAUUAAUUGGAAGGUGUGGCAGAUUAUGGUUGGAACUGGACGCUGCAGGAAAGUAAAUCUCCAGGACUAGGGUUGGUGACCCCUGUAUUAGUGGUUAAUUUAACAUCCUUUAGCUCCUGAAGUCCCAACCAAUCGGAGAGCUCUCUUGGCUUUGUCUACACAGAUAGCACAGAGAAAAAAAUCCUGAUUGGAAAGUUUUUCAGCAUUAAAAAAAUAGCUUUUACUUCCAAUCAAAACUACUACUACAAAAUUUGCAGUCGUAUUACAUAAUAAGGCUUAUUAUUCAGUAACUACAGGGAAUUAUUCUUAGGUUGUAUAAGUGUGUAAUAAAACUUUGGGCCCACCGGUGGCCAUUUAAGGGGUUAAAUACAACAAGCAUGAUGGAUAUAUGAAACAAAUCGAGUUAAACUUACAAGCAUUUAUUUUUAUUUGAUUUCACAGAAAAAAAAAUAUCUUUGUAUAUUGUGAUGUCAGUAUCGCUCAGAAAUAAUAAAUGUCAAAUUAGUUUGUGUCCAUAUAACGUACAUCUGAAGUAAAUUUAAACUCAGUUAAUGCAUUCAGUUCAUCCCCUGAACCUGCUGAUAAGAAAUUUGAGCAACCUUACGCAGUGUUUUCCUCAACUGACCAUGUUCAUCUGAACAGUUAUUGUCUAUAAUAUUCUGUUUGAAAACUGUUCUGGCCUUUUGUUUUGUGUUUGCCGUUCUACAGCCUUGUAGAACUGCCACUGUGGGGUCACUAUUCAUGUCUGUUGGGAGUUUGUGCUGAAGCUGUUAGAAUGCGUACGUUUCAGUUUUUAUGUCUCGAAACUGCUGAUUCAGGAAUGAUUUUGUUGUCAGGUUUAUCACAGUUCAGACUCUGAAUGAGGAAACACAGCUGGACUAGAUUAGCUAUAAGUGACUCAGUUGAUUGGAACUUGUAAGGUCCUUGUGACAGAGACCAUAUAUAUCAGUGUCAAUCAGAGUCAAAAGGCCUCACAAGAAGAUAGGAAAACGUGGAACAAAAUAGUCUCUGGCGCUGUACGUCUCAUAAAGCUACAGUAUUUUGAUUAUUUAAAAGAAAAAGAAAAAAAUAGACACUUGGCUUCAUCUUCUGGGUAAUCCUCAGUAUCAUAUAUAUGGUUCAGCCAAAUAAGAGAACCAAUAUCAUUCCUUUUAUACCUCAUACCUGUCAAAAAGUGCUCCAAUCCUUUUUUUAAAUACUUGCAUCUUUUAUAUUUUAUUUAUUACAAUGUACCUUUAUCUUGUACAGACAUAAGAUUCAUUUAUUUUAUUUAUUGUCAAUAUUUAUUAAGGUUAAUUUAUCAGUCAUAUCAUUUUUCUUAGAGUGUUUUUAUAAUUCUGUGUGUGUGUGAGAGUAAGAGAGAGUGAGAGUAAGAGAGAGUGAGCGAGAGUGAGCGAGUGAAAGGUUGUUUUGAAAACUGAAAGUAAGAGAGUGGAGUUUACUUUGUUAAAAUGUAUAAUGUGUAACAUUUUGGUACAUGUAUUGUUUGAUAUGAGCCCCACUCCCACCGACAACAAUGCAUCCUGGGUGAGAGAAAGUAUCUGGGUGAGAAAAAGAAAGAAAAGGGAGUGGGCUGUAUCACUGGUUAAUGUGUUUUUAUUAUGGGAUGUCUGCUAUCCCAUUUACAAUGGGGG